AUGGCUCCGAGUCACGCGUGCCAACCCCAGAGAAGGCCCCCCGAACAAAAAGACAGCGCACAGCGGCAGGGCCGAGCGCCUUUGUCCGCGCGCCCGCUAAGGCUGCCCGGCGUGGCCGGCGCCUCCCAGGCGUGGCCGUCGCCUCCCAGGCCUGCCGCUUUCCAUUUCCAGUGGGUUAUGCCUGUGGAAGUGGUGGGAGUGACCGGCCCCGGGGGUGUGUCCCAGGCCACCAAGCCCCGCACCUUCCCGAUUCGGUUCGCGCAUCUUCAGGAAGGCGAGGGAAUAAAUGGAGAAAACGAUGCAUGUGUCAACACACACACUCUAAAUAAAAAUGAAAUAAACAUUUAUUUUAGAACUUUAGUUUUAUGUGCAUGUACAGGAAGGACUGUGUGGGAACAUCAUCACUCUGCUGCCGAGACACUGAUUCUCUCUCUUGCUGUGUCUGUUCCUGUCGUGGUUGGUGGUCAGCUCCAUGCUGUUGGCGUGCUGGGUGCUUCCCACUUUGCACGUGGUCCUCCUUCAGUCUCCACUCUCUCCUUAGAAAGAGAAAAAAGAAAGUUCCCAUGCACUACCCCGAGUUUGUUUUCUCAGGGUUCAGUGACGUUCAGGGAUGUGGCUGUGGCUUUCUCACAGGAAGAAUGGGAAUUCCUGGACUCUGCUCAGAAGAGUCUGUACCGGGACGUGAUGUGGGAGAAUUACAGCAACUUCAUCUCGCUGGGACCUUCCAUUUCUAAGAGAGAUAUGAUUACCUUACUGGAUGAAGACGGGAAGGAGCCUGAGAUAAUUGUGAAGGAAGGGAGAAGACACUGUCCUGAUUUGGAGUCCAGAUUCAAGACCAAUACUUUAUCUGCAGACAAGGACAUUGAUGAAGUAUAUUCAUUACAAUGGGAGUUGAUGGGGAAAAUGAAAAGCCACAGUCCUCAAGGUUCUGUUCUUAAAGAUGAUUGGGAAUAUGAAAGCAAGAUCGAGCGACAAAAGGAACCCCAGGAAGGUUAUUUUGGGCAGUUGAAAAUUACUUCUGAAAAAAGCACAUACAAAAAGCACAGUUUCCUUGCUGAGUAUCAGAAAGUUCAGAAUGGAGAGAAGUUCUAUGAAUGUAAAGAGUGUAGGAAGACCUUUAUCCGCCGCUCAACGCUAAGUCAACACUUGAGAAUCCAUACUGGUGAGAAACCUUAUAAAUGCAAGGAAUGUGGGCAACCCUUCAGACAGCGUGCACACCUUAUCCGACACCACAAACUUCACACUGGUGAGAAGCCCUAUGAGUGUAAGGAAUGUGGGAAGGCCUUUACAGUGCUCCAGGAACUCACUCAGCAUCGGCGACUCCACACUGGUGAAAAGCCGUAUGAAUGCAAGGAGUGUGGAAAGGCCUUUCGGGUACACCAGCAGCUGGCACGACACCAGAGGAUCCACACUGGGGAGAAACCCUACGAGUGCAAGGACUGUGGGAAGACCUUCAGACAGUGCACACACCUCACCCGACACCAAAGACUUCACACUUCUGAGAAGCUGUACGAGUGUAAGGAGUGUGGAAAAGCCUUCGUGUGUGGCCCUGACCUUCGAGUACAUCAGAAAAUCCACUUCGGUGAGAAGCCCUAUGCAUGUAAGGACUGUGGCAAGUCCUUCAGAAUAUGCCAACAGCUGACGGUCCAUCAGAGUAUCCAUACUGGGGAGAAACCCUAUGAAUGUAAGGAAUGUGGGAAGGCCUUCAGAUUGAGGCAACAACUUGUUCGCCAUCAGAGAAUCCAUACCCGUGAGAAGCCCUAUGAAUGUCUAGAGUGUUGGAAGACCUUCAGUAGUUACUCCCAACUGAUUUCACAUCAGAGCAUUCAUGUGGGUGAGAGACCCUAUGAGUGUGAAGAAUGUGGGAAAGCCUUCAGACUGUACUCACAGCUCACUCAGCAUCAGAGCAUCCACACAGGUGAGAAACCUUAUGAAUGCAAGGACUGUGGGAAACCUUUCCGACUGCUCUCACAGCUCACUCAACACCAGAGCAUCCACACAGGGGAGAAGCCUUAUGAAUGCAAGGACUGUGGGAAGGCUUUUAGACUUUAUUCAUUUCUUUCUCAGCACCAGAGGAUCCACACUGGAGAGAAGCCCUACAAAUGUAAGGAGUGUAAGAAGGCCUUCAGACAGCACUCACACCUCACCCAGCAUCAGAAGAUCCACAUUGGAACAUAAGCAAAACCUCAGUUCUAUGUCAUGGUGCAAAAUGUCAGGAAAUCCAUUUUUGAGAAUAAUUUAUUUCAUGCUUAUAUAAGUAAGCAUAAGAAAUACUAUGUUGCUUUAAAAGUUCUCCAUUCUCACUUAAAUGUUACCUAUCUUCAGCAAAUUCCUAUGAAAGAAUAAUUUGAUGAAUGUAGGAAAAUCUUUAGCCUUAUCAGUUGUCAUCUCCAUCUAACUACUCUCUUCCCAUUGUGAUACUGGACAGGACACUAAAUAUUAAUGCCUUGUUUUGUUCACUGUCAAAAUGGUGAUAAUAGUACUUACACAUGUUAUUUAUUGUUAUGUAACAAAUUACUAGAAAAAUAGUAGUUUAAAUAAUAUACACUUAUUAUCUAAAAAUUUCUAUAGAUUGAGAGUCCAGGCAAGCCUUAGUUGGGUCUUCCAGGUUUCAGCUAAGGCUUAACUAGAGAAAGAUCCACAUUGAAGAGAACAAGUUAGACACCUACAACACUUGAAUUCUUUGAGAGCUGACACAUUGAAGUUCC